UAUUAUUUAAGAUGAUUAUAAUUAUCCAUUUAUAGUUAUUCUUUAAGGCUGGUUUUCUUUUCUUAAAAUUGAAAGGGGAAAAAAAAUAGAUACAAGGUGGUAGGAGAUGAGCUCUUUUACCACCUUAGAGUAUUAGAAACCUUGCAAAUUUUAUUAUCAGGUUUACAUAUGCUGGAUUGCUAACACAUCUCUCCAAACUUUCUCCCUAUUUAUUUUGGGAUAAAGGUUUUCUUGUUUUAGCUGAACCUCGCUGUUACAAUUGCCAAAUUUAGCGACCUUUUCAACAUUAGAAGGUCUAUGGCUGUUAUUGUCAUCUUUAUUUGAAUUGUAUUUUCUUUUUUUGGAGUUGAUAAACUGUACAGCUAUUGCCCUGUUCAGUUUUGAUGCCAAUAAUUUCAAAAACAUUGGCCAUUAGCUCACAGUACGACCAAUUUAAAAUCCUCAAGACUGGUUCUUGUCUUUCCGUUGUUCUUGACUAGCAUAUAAUUAUCAUGUUGGGUUUGAUCCUAUAUAGUUUACAAUUUCAAGAUCAUAUCCGGAGUUGUUAUCUUAACCCACACUAUCCGUGUUUCUGUUUUAUAAACAUACUAUAAAGCUUGUGUUUUCAUAUUCAUUAGACAUAGAAGAAUUUGCUUCUGUGUUCUGGGGCGUCGACUAGAAAAGACCCCGUUUUCUAUUUUCACUUAUAAAGUUAUGUUUGGGUUUGGGUUUCUAAAGAAUGGAAACGUGAACUGCUUUUCAUGUUUUCCAUCCUUUGAAAAGAAAUCAUGCAAGAGGAUGAGGAGCGAAAGUUCGCGGACUUUGAUGUCAGCAGAUGCACCUCCUCAUAGAAGAAUGUUUUCGCACCCUCAGCAUGUAGAGGGCCCAAAAAAACCCCCAACUGAAGUUGAACAUAAUAAGCCUGCAUCUAGAAAUCCUGUUACAAAUGAUAAGGCUGCCAUUGAAGAUGUUCGCAACAAAAUUUUUGGAGCUCAAACCUUUACUUUCCGUGAGCUAGCAGCUGCAACAAAGAAUUUCCGUCCAGAAUGCCUGCUAGGGGAAGGAGGAUUUGGACGAGUAUACAAGGGAAAACUUGGAAACACUGGACAGAUUGUAGCUAUCAAGAAACUAGACCGUAAUGGGUUGCAAGGAAGCAGGGAGUUUCUUGUGGAGGUUUUGAUGCUCAGCCUCCUUCACGAUCCAAAUCUGGUAAAUCUCAUUGGAUACUGUGCUGAUGGAGAUCAGAGACUUCUGGUUUACGAGUACAUGCCAUUAGGAUCACUGGAAGACCAUCUACUAGAUCUUUCAGAAGGUCAACAACCAUUAGAUUGGUACACACGAAUGAAAAUCGCCUUACAUGCUGCCAAAGGUCUGGAAUACUUACACGAGAAGGCCAAACCACCUGUCAUUUAUCGAGAUUUAAAAUCCUCAAACAUUUUGCUGGAACAUGAUUUCAAUGCUAAGCUAUCAGAUUUUGGAUUAGCCAAACUUGGACCUAUGGGGGAUAGAUCACAUGUUUCCUCAAGGGUAAUGGGAACAUAUGGAUAUUGUGCCCCAGAGUAUCAAAGAACAGGUCAGCUCACGGUCAAGUCAGACAUAUAUAGCUUUGGUGUUGUGUUGUUAGAGCUUAUUACGGGAAGGAGAGCCAUUGAUGUCAGAAGGAGAAAUAGAGAGCAAACUCUUGUUUCCUGGGCAGAACCUAUUUUUAAGGAACCACACAGGUUCACAGAACUUGCUGAUCCCCUUCUUGAAGGAAAAUUUCCCAUAAAAGCUUUGAAUCAAGCAGUUGCUGUUGCUUCCAUGUGUCUACAAGAUGAUGCAACGAUACGUCCAUCAAUGAGUGAUGUGGUAACUGCCCUCACUUUUCUUGGAGAAGGAUCAGAAUCAACAGGAUUGGCUUCUCCACCACCCGAAAUCAUAAUGCCUGAUGUUGCCAAGAGCGAUUCUUGUAAAAUUGAUCCGAGCCAGCGUGAAACUGAGAUAGCAGAAGCUAUGGAAUGGGCAACUUCUAGAAACCGACAAUGAUGAUACCAACUUUGCAUGUGGUACAAGAUGGUUAUCAACCGGCAAGUUUCGAUGAUCAUUUUUAAGGUUGUGAAAUGCACUCGAUUGUAGUUGGAAAUUGAAAAUUGACAAUGCUCAUUUGUCCUACAGUUUUAUCGGGGAUGAUGUAUUUUACUUGUAUAUUUUUAAAUAUUGAAUAUCUUAUUAUACGUUCCAAAAUGAGUUUUAGGUCCGUUUGAUAGUAA